CGCAGACCAACACGAAUAAAAUCCACACCAGAAUCAAGUUUCCCCAACUCCCUGGCGCGACUGGAUUCUCCUGCCCGCCUGGCGCGUUUCCAGCCUCCCAUUCAUCGAAUCCGAUGUUGGGGGAGAAUCCCGUCUCUCAUCGGCGAAGAGGAAGAAGACAUGCUCGUCAUCUGUUUGUUUAUUGUACCCAUCCAAUUCAAGAAACGGUUGGAUUUUGAGGUUUGUUUAAUUGUUUGGUUUGAUCGGAGAGUAGAUGAGAGGAAGGAGAAAUUUCGGGCCCCUGCUUCUAAAAUAUGGGGUAGCUGUGUGUCUCUCUCUUGGUGGGAUUCUUUAUACAAUCUUGCGAAACAGAGGAAUCAAACCAUCCAAACGCACCCCUUUACUGCCUCCAUCUACAGAUUAUGAUCACUCUCUGCAGACAACACCACCAUCUCAUUCGAAACAAUCCUUGCAGACUACACCUUGUGCUUGUGCUUCUGGCUCUGUGGCAUCAGGAAAAUGCGCGGGCCUCUCAGAUAUAUCCGGCCCAUCAGAAAGUUUUAGAUUUGAGGGAAAAGGCGUUGAACUUCAAUACCAAGUUUCUGCAUUGAGGGAAUAUAUUUCUGUUGAAAGGGAAGAACAUGAUGAAGAAGUUAGGAGGUUGAAAGGCAUUGUUAAAACCCUCAAGGAAAGGGAGAGGAAUCUUGAGAUCAAAUUGCUCGAAUAUUAUGGUCUUAAGGAGCAAGAAACUGUUGUGAAGGAGCUUCAAAACCGCAUAAAUAUCAAUAACAUGGAGGCCAAGCUCUUUGCUCUAAAGAUUGAAUCUUUGAAGGCUGAUAAAAAGAAAUUAGAAGCACAAAUGGCUGAUUCCGCAACGGUCGUGUCAGAACUUGAGGCCGCAAGAGUGAAGGUAAAGCAGCUGAAGAAAAAACUAAGGCAUGAAGCUGAGAAUACGAAGGAGCAGGUCUGUGCACUUCAGGAAAAAUAUAUGAAGCUUCAAAAUGUGGAAAAGAAGGCUCUUGAAACACUGCACAAUCAGGAGAAGAAGCUUCUAGAAGUAGAAUCGGAUGCUCAUACAAAGGUCCAAAGGAUAGCGGAAUUGGAGAUCGAAGCAGAAGAGCUGAGGAGUUGUAACAAUAGUUUGAGGACAGAAAAUUCUGAAUUGGCUCAGCGGUUGGAAUAUGUUCAGAUCAUUGCCACUUCUGUUCUUGAUGAUGAAGAGAUGGAAGCAUUGGUGGCUGAGGCUGAACGGUUAAGGAAACAAAACGCUGACAUGGAGAAGGAGAUUGAACAGCUCCGGUCCCACAGGUGUUCGGAUGCCGAAGAGCUUGUCUAUCUCCGGUGGGUAAAUGCCUGCUUGCGUUACGAGCUCAGAAAUUACCAACCUGACCCUGACAAAACAGUGGCUAGGGAUCUCAGCAAGACACUGAGUCCCAAAUCAGAGGAGAGAGCCAAACAACUGAUUCUUGAAUACGCGCGCAGGGAAGAAGAAGGCGUCGGCCCACACUCUGGCUCCUCCGAACGGUCAUCUUCCUCCCAAGCUUCAUUUUUUACCCCCACUGAGGAUACUUCCAUCUGCUCAUCGACACCAACAACCCAUAAAGCUCACACGUCUGGGAAAAGAAAAGUUUUCGGUAAGAUGAUGAGGUUACUGCGUGGGAAGCACAAAUCAAGUUCUUCAUCUCAGGGCUCAUUUGGCGGAUCAAAACACUUUCAAGAAGUCGAAGAAGAAGGAGAAGAGGGAGGAAUGAGCAGGAAGGGAUUGGCUCAUCAAGAGAGUUUUCGUACGCCUGAGUUGGUGAAAUAUGCAGAUGCUUUGAAGGAAGGUCGGAAUCUGCCUUCGUCCCGGGGCAGCAGGAGGUCAGCGUCUUUUGGUUCAUUAGCUUAAAAGGCUGUACUUUGUGCUUCAUUACAGGUACCACAUCCAGGGGUAGUAAAAAUCUUGGUGACUACAAGUUUCAAUUAGUUAUACACUGCACUAAAAUGUGAAAUGUGCAACUAAUUGAAGCUUGUUCCAUUUGGUAUCUGAGAAUAUCAGUAGAGCUUAUAGGAUUAGAUUAGAAAGGAUGUUGUAUAGAAGAACUACUUGUGAAAACUUUUUGCAAGUCAUAAAAGGUGUGACAUUUACCCGUGUUCCACGAAAAUGUGUGCACAUUUCUCAUUAGUAUACUUCAUUUUUGUUCAUAGUCUUUGUUACUUAAAAAUUUAAUGUUAAAAUACUGUAUCUCUAAAAUGCAUAGUUUGAGAAAUAGCACUAAAACUUAAGUCAUUUC